AUGGGUGCCGCCUUAUCGUCGAUGCUGGCGGCUCCCGAGUCGUUUCUGACCUUCGCAGUCGUCGCAGCCGUCGCGUGGGUUGUCUUCCCCCGGGGAGAGGGGUCAGCAGGCAACAGAGUGCAGUGCUACGACCCUGCCACGCUGCAGUACCUGGGCUUCUCGCCUGCUCUGAAAGCAUCAGAUGUGAAGGAGCAUGUGGAGAGGGCACGGCAGGCACAGCAGCAGUGGCAGCACAGAAGCUUCGAGCAGAGGAGGCAGUUCCUGAGGGUGCUGAUGCGAUACGUGGUGGAGAAUCAGGACCUCAUCUGCAGAGUGUCGGCGCGAGAGUCGGGCAAGGUGUUGGUGGAUGCUGGGUUUGGGGAGAUUCUGACGACGUGUGAGAAGAUAGCGUGGCUGUUAAAGGAAGGGGAGAGAUGGCUCAAGCCCGAGUACAGGUCUGUGGGUCGAACCAUGCUGCACAAGGUCGCUAGGGUUGAGUUUGAGCCGGCAGGGGUGAUCGGAGCCAUAGUGCCGUGGAACUACCCCUUCCACAACGUGCUCAACCCCGUGCUGUCUGCUGUAUUCGCUGGGAACGCUGCUGUCAUCAAGGUAUCAGAGCAUGCGAGCUGGGGCGCACACUACUACCUGGAUAUCAUUCGCACGGCUCUCAAAGCUGUUGGGGGCCCGCCUGAGCUCGUGCAUGUGAUUACCGGGUUUGGCCCCACAGGGUCAGCUCUGGUGCAGUCUGGUGUGGAUCGGCUCAUCUUUGUUGGGUCCACUGCUGUGGGCAGGAAGGUUCUGGAGGCAUCUGCAGUGAAUCUCACACCCACGGUGCUGGAGCUGGGAGGCAAGGACGCGUUUAUAGUGUGUGAUGACGCGGACCUGAAGCAGGUCGUCCCCAUCGCGCUGAGGGCCGUCUUCCAGUGCAGCGGGCAGAACUGCAUUGGGGCGGAGCGGUUCUUUGUGCAGGCCGGCAUCUACGACCAGUUUGUGGGGGAGGUGGUAUCUGUGGCGCAGCAGAUGCGACUGGGCUACCCUUUGCCUGAUGAACUGGAAGGACGAGAUGAGAUGAAUGGGGAAGGCAACGCAACCAUUUCUGAUUCCCAACAGGAAGGGGUGGGAGGUGGAGAAGUGGGAAAAGUAACAAGAGGGGGAAAGGAAGCGGGAGCAGUUCAGGAAAAGGGAGAAAGAGGAGAGAACAGUGGUGGUGGUGGUGGAGGAGAGAGGGCGCAAGGGGGGCAGAGACAGGGAGGGAUGGGGGGAGAAUCUAUGUCCACGUCAGCAGAAGGUGUUGCUGACAUGGGUGCGAUCUGCAUGCCACAUCACGUGCAGCAGCUUCAGCGAUUGGUGGAUGAGGCGGUGGGGCAGGGGGCACGGGUGGUGGUGGGGGGGAAGAUACCUCUGGGAAGCUGUGAGGACCUCAGCUUCAGCCCCAGAGGGAGCCAGUUCUACCCCCCCACCGUACUCGUUAAUGUGCAACCCACUAUGCGCAUACUGCACGAGGAGGUUUUCGGCCCUAUAAUGUGCAUCGUGAAAUUUGAAAAUGACCAAGAGGUGGUAGCGGCGGUGAAUGACUGUCCGUUUGGGCUCGGUUGUUCGGUGUUCUCGGGGGAUCGGAGGCGGGCCGCUGCUAUUGGAGCGGCAGUGCAGUGUGGGAUGGUGGCGAUUAACGACUUUGGAUGCACCUACAUGUGCCAGUCACUGCCAUUUGGCGGAGUGAAGGAGAGUGGUUUCGGCCGGUUUGCAGGGGUGGAGGGGCUUAGAGGGUGCUGUAACGAGAAGGCUAUUGUGGAGGACAGGUUCUACUCACUCAUCAAGACCAACAUCCCUCCGCCUCUCCAGUACCCCCUUGCACCCAACGCAGUGCCAUUCCAGCAGGCUCUGGUGCGCAUGUUCUUCGCCCACACCCUGCUGGCGCAGCUCUCUGGACUCUUCCACCUGCUGCUGGAGCUCAUGCGCUCACCCAAGAGGACAAACACACAGCAACGCCCAAGCUCGGCCGCCCAUGUUGCUGGUGCUGGUGCUGCGACUUCUGCUGCACGGCGCAAUUCAGGUGUAGGUGCGUCAGGUGGUGAGAGGCCACAUAUUGAGUAG